AUGGCUACCAACCCCGAUUGGCGUCCCGAGACGCUCGCCCUGCACGCUGGUUACGAGGAGGCAGACGCGGCGACAAAGUCGAGGGCUGUCCCCAUCUACCAGACCACUUCCUUCGUCUUCAACAACUCGGAGCAUGCAGCAAACCUCUUUGGCUUGAAAGCUUUCGGCAACCUCUACAGCCGCGUCGGAAACCCUACUGUCGAGGUCUUUGAGAAGCGCAUCGCGGCGCUCGAGGGCGGUAUUGCGGCCGUUGCAACGUCGAGCGGACAGGCGGCGCAGUUCCAGGCGAUCGCAGCUCUCGCCCGGGCGGGCGACAACAUCGUCUCAACCACCUCGCUCUACGGCGGGACCUACAACCAGUUCAAGGUCCUCCUCAAGCGCUUCGGUAUCGAGGUUCGCUUCGUCAACAGCGACGACCCUGCCGAGUUUGCCAGGGUUAUCGACGCACGGACGAAAGCAAUCUACAUCGAGUCGAUCGGAAACCCCAAGUACAACAUUCCCGAUAUUUCGGCAAUCGCCGACGUUGCUCACAAGGCCGGCGUCGUCCUCAUCGUCGAUAACACGUUCGGCGCGGGAGGCGCUAUCGCUCGCCCUUUCGACCACGGCGCGGACAUCAUCGUUCACUCGGCGACGAAGUGGAUCGGCGGACACGGGAACAGCAUCGGCGGCGUGAUUAUCGACGGAGGCAGGUUCGACUGGACGCAGUCGAAGCGCUACACCGACUUUACCGAGCCGAGUGAGGGUUACCACGGGCUGAAGUUCGCCGAGACGUUCGGCAACCUCGCUUUUGCUGUCAAGGUCCGCGUCGAGGUUUUGCGGGAUCUCGGCGCCUGCCUCUCACCCUUCAACGCUUUCCUUCUCCUCCAGGGUCUCGAGACCCUCAGCCUCCGCGUCGAGCGACACACCCAAAACGCUCUCGCGCUCGCCAAGUGGCUCGAAGCCAAUCCCGCCGUCGAGUGGGUCUCGUACCCCGGCCUUCUCUCGCACCCAUACCACCAACAAGCGCUCAAGACGCUGCAGAAGGACCGCUACGGCGCUGUCCUUUCGUUCGGCGUCAAGGGCGACGCGAAGGACGGCAAGCGCGGCAGUCUCGUCGUUGACAAUCUCGUUCUUGCUUCGAACUUGGCGAACGUCGGAGAUGCCAAGACGCUUGUCAUCCACCCGGCCUCGACAACGCAUCAGCAGCUUUCGACCGAGGAGCAGCUUGCGAGCGGUGUCUCGCCCGACUUGAUCCGCGUCUCGGUCGGCAUCGAGCACAUCGACGACAUCAUUGCUGACUUUGAGCAGGCGUUCAAGAAGACGGCGCUCUAG